AUGAAUAUUCUUGAUUCUAAAAGAAAAGAUAAUCUUUUUAAAAGUUUAUUACAAUCUAUUUACUUAAGAAAAAAGAUAUUCAAACAUGUUGAAGAGAUUCAUCGCUUACUACUUGGACAAGAUGGAUACUUAAAAUCACAAUAUGCUCGCAAAUCACAUCAAAUGAUUACAUUAAAGGAAUUUAUCAUAAUGAAUCGAUUGGAUUUAUUUAUUAAACAUUUUGAUACUGUUUAUCCAUUAAUGAUGGAUCCAUUAAUGUUAAAUGAUAAAGAUAAAGAUAUUCGUUUUAGUUUCGAGAACAAAAGAUUUAAUUUUUUAAUUAAUACUAUUUUUGAAUAUGAUAAUUCAACAAUAUUUGAUUAUUUAUUGAAAAAAUUUGGAAGAAUCAAUCAUUCUACUCUUGAAUCUUUUUUAUCAAAAAGAAUUCGUCAUUUACCGAGAAUCUCAAGAGUUUUAAUAAGAGAUGGAUAUCAUUUGGUUCACAAGAAUCUGGAAGAUUUAAGAAACCCUCCAACCUUGAUUGGAUCAAUCAUUGAUAGUGCAAUCAUAAAUGGUGACUUUUUAAUGAUCGAUCAAUUAUGCAAUGAUUGUAUUGACUCGAAAAAAGGUAGUAGUAGUACCAACAACCAUCCUUUGAAAAAAGUCGUCAACCAAAUUAAUUUGAUCAAAAAACUAGACAAAGAAACAAAAAAAGACAGUCUUUCAAAAUAUCAAGUAAUAUUUGAUAUUGCCAAAAGAUUACUAGAAUGUGGUGUAGAUAUUAGAGUUGGUAUUUUUUCUAGUGUUAUGGAUCAUGAUUGGGAAAAUGAAAAACUUGGUAACCAAGAAAUUUUAAAAUGGAUAAAAGAUAGUUUCAAUGACAAAAAAGAGUUUGAAGAUUUGCUGGAUAGUCAAUUUUCAGAUAUUGAACUCUUUGCUUCAACAAAGACUCUAGAGCUGAUUGAAUUCCAAAUGCCACCACGCAUACUCAACGUCACUCACCAUUUGGCGACAUUGGCCGCCCAAUAUGGAAAUCUAGAUUUUCUUUCAUAUGUCUCCCAUCGUCUCAAAGAUUACAAUUAUCUUUUCAAAAAUCCUCAACUUGAAAUGCAUUGA